AUGCUUCAAGAUUCUGCGACUACUACUACUACUCCGCCGCCAUCUUCAACCGCCGUGAACUCAAUGCCGAAUCCUUCCUCUUCUCUGAUGCACCAAGACUUUAAGAAUGAAGAAGAAAAGCCAAAGCAACUAACCUUAGAGCCUGAGUUAAUUCAGCCGCCUCCGGUGCUUCCAGAGUCUGAGCAAGAUUCGUCGUUGCCUUUAGUUUCGGAGCCGGAGGAAACCAACCACGCGGCGGAGGUUACAGAGCAGCCUCACCAAAUGACUCCGGAGACAGUGACUUUGGAGCAAGAAGAUCCCAACCAUGCGGCCGAAGAUUCAGUUCCACAUCAACUAACGGCGGAGAAAACGACUUCGGAGCCAGAAAGUCCCAAAGAUGCUGCGGAGGAUACAGAGCAGCCUUGUCAAGUGACUCCGGAGGCUGUGACAUCGGAGCCAGAAGAGCCUAACCAUAAGGUGGAGGAUGAUUCAGAGAAGCUGACACCGGAGACAGAACCAACGCAGAAACUGAUGUUAGAGCAGCGUAAAAAGUACACGGAGGUAGCAGACUGGACAGAGCCCGAACCACCAGACGCGGCGGUGUUAGAAGCUGCAGCGUCUGUGCCUGAGCCAAAGCAACCAGAGCCUCAAAACACUCAACCACCUGCUUCUUCCUUGAAAACUAGAUCGUUGGCGGAGAUGAUGAACAGAGAAGAAGCUGAAGAGAAACCAAAGAUUCAGAUUCCUCAAAGCCUCGGCUCAUUCAAGGAAGAAACAAACAGAACCUCAGACCUCUCAGAACACGAGUUAAACGCUCUUCAUGAGCUCCGUCACCUCUUGCAAGAAUCAACCACCAUAGAUUCAAGCAAAACCUUCAUAUGGGGUGUGCCACUUCUCAAAGACAACCGAAGCGACGUCGUGCUGCUGAAAUUCUUGAGAGCGAGAGAUUUCAAACCGCAAGAAGCUUACUCAAUGCUCACCAAGACACUCCAAUGGAGAAUGGAAUUCAACAUCGAGGAGCUUCUCGACGAAAACCUCGGAGACGAUUUAGACAAAGUUGUGUUCAUGCAGGGACAAGACAGGGAGAAACAUCCGGUUUGUUUCAAUGUCUACGGUGAGUUUCAGAACAAGGAUCUUUAUCAGAAGACGUUUUCGGACGAGGAGAAGAGAGAACGGUUCUUGAGAUGGAGGAUUCAGUUUCUUGAGAAGAGUAUAAGGAAGCUAGAUUUUGUCGCUGGUGGUGUUUCCACGAUCUGUCAAGUAAACGAUCUGAAAAACUCUCCAGGACCUGGUAAAACCGAGCUCAGGCUAGCUACUAAGCAAGCUCUUCAUCUUCUUCAAGACAAUUACCCUGAGUUUAUCUCUAAACAGAUAUUCAUCAACGUUCCAUGGUGGUACCUUGGGUUCUAUAGGAUUAUCAGCCCUUUCAUGACCCAAAGGUCAAAGAGCAAACUCGUUUUCUCAGGUCCUUCAAGAUCUGCAGAAACCCUUUUCAAGUACAUAUCACCAGAACAUGUGCCGGUUCAGUACGGUGGACUAAGUGUGGAUAAUUGCGACUGCAACUCGGAUUUCACUCAUGAGGAUAUCGCUACUGAGAUUACCGUUAAACCAACAACCAAACAAACCGUAGAGAUUAUUAUUUACGAGAAAUGCACGAUCGUGUGGGAGAUAAGAGUAGUGGGAUGGGAGGUUAUGUAUGGAGCAGAGUUUGUGCCGGAGAACAAAGAAGGAUACACAGUGAUAAUUCAGAAACCGAGGAAGAUGGCUUCACAAGAUGAACCUGUAGUGUCUCAAAGCUUCAAAGUUGGAGAAGUUGGCAAGAUUUUACUAACCGUGGAUAACCCAACUUCCAACAAGAAAAUUCUUAUUUACAGGUUCAAGGUUAAGCCUUUGCCGUGUGAGUAA